UCAAAAGGCAGUAGUGCAGCUAAUGUUACAGAUGAUUGUCUAUCGCCAUAGUAGUUUACGAUGUUUUCUCCUUUAUUCUUAGACCAUUACAUAGGUUUAUGUAGAAUCGGUCCGUCUACAGAAUGAUCGUGGUCGUAAAUUAUUUUUUAACACUACUUAUUUAUUAAUUAUAAGUUAAUUUAGAAUUGCACUUCAGUUAUUAUGGGCACUUUGUUUACACGUCAAAAUGUUGGGAUGGAAGAAGUGGAUAUGAAUGCCACUAAUGCAUACAGAUAUCCAUCUAGAACAGGAAAUUAUUUUGCUAGCCAUUUUAUUAUGGGUGGUGAAAGAUUUGAAACAACCCAACCAGAAGCAUAUCUCUUUGGAGAAAAUAUGGAUUUAAAUUUUCUUGGAAAUCGACCCACACCUUUUCCAUAUCCAGCUCCUCAGCCUAAUGAGCCCACUAGAACUUUAAGAAGUCUGAUAAAUAUAAGAAAAGAAUCAUUGAGAUUUGUAAAAGUUCCGGAAGAAGGUGAAAGAAUAACAGACGGAAAUGCGCCAUCCAGCUCUUUAUAUAAUCUCGAGUUUACAUUUGAUUCCGAUGUUCGUUGUUCGAUCACUAUAUAUUAUUUUUGCAGUGAAGAAAUUACACAAAAUGGAGUAAUCUAUACGCCUCGAGAUCCAUCCAUGAAUUCGGAAACUUAUCAUUAUAAGAGAGGAGCUAAUCAGCAAUUCAAUCAAGUUUCACAUACUUUUGAUCCAACUAAAUAUACAGAAGAAGAGUUGAAUUAUCAGUAUGAAGAUGAAAUAAUGCCAGUUGUUAUACAAUGUGUUGCUGAAGAGGGUGAUGAACCCAGGCAAUCUCAUGUAUUAAUAGCUGUUGUUGAAAAAAAUGCUGAUAAUAUAUUUUCUGUGAAGCCAUUAAAACAAAAACUGUUCAUUGAUGGCUUAUGUUAUCUUCUACAAGAAAUAUAUGGCAUUGAAAAUAAAAAUGUAUUUCAGCCAAAGGAUAUAAGUGACGAUGAAGUUGAAGAUAGUGGGUCUGAAUGUGUGAUCUGCAUGUGCGAUGCUCGAGAUACACUUAUUCUACCGUGUAGGCAUUUAUGCUUAUGUAACAGCUGUGCCGAUUCUCUUCGUUAUCAAGCCAACAAUUGUCCUAUAUGCAGAGCACCAUUUCGGGCCCUCCUUCAAAUCAGAGCCGUACAAAAAUGUUCUACUCCUCUUCAGAUUAAUAGUUGUGGAGAUAAUCAGGUACCCCAAGAUGUACCACCAGGUUAUGAGGCUGUUCCUCUUAUAGAAGCACUAAAUGGACCUGUACAACAGCCUUUACCACUGUCUCCUUCCCCAAUUCAGCAACCUCAUGUAGAGAGUCCUGAUAUUUCUCAAAAAUUAAGAAGCAUUGAAAGACUUCAUUCCAACAGUGCAGCAUCUUUAAGAGCAUUGGGAAAUAGUACAACUGAGAAGGAACCAAUAAAUAAUUGCCAUCCUCAGGAAGAAAAUGAAAGCUCGCCAGAAGUAUUAUCUCCUAUACUAUCUCCUGACAAAGCCACUCACAAGUCCGAAACAUUAUCAUUGACACGAGGCGAAGCCAAGAGGCACAGGAAAGGAAUUAUUGCUCUCUCUGCUCCCGAGAAAGUUCGUCUCCUCUCGGACUCUCUUCAUAUUGUGAAUGAAAUCAACAGCGGAAAGAAGAAGGACAUGGAUGUAGAUGUAGCUGAAACAAAAUCAUUAUUAGAAGGUAAUACAGCUGGAAAUCAAAAAGCAGCAGUUCCAUCCAGUGUUUGUCAUUCUGUUAACAAUUCUGUAUUUUUAUCAACUCCACAUUCACUUCAUUUAUGUGAAGGAAAUGAUAAAUCAGCAAUGACAGAUGCAUCACCUGGAGGAGAUGAUUCAGAUUAUUACACACCCGAAGAUCCAAAUACUACCAUUUUAGUGGACCAAGGCACGGACACGAGUUUAGAUGCUUCGCAGGAAACCGAAAUGACCCACAUAUCCGAAUGUAAACGUAAUAAUGAAUCUCCGAGUGUCAAGUGGAGACAUAACGGGAGAGACUGGAGAAAAGGUGAAGCAGAAGCCAUCGUCAUCUGUGAAAAUAACGAAAAGGACGAGAAAACGAAUACCUGCAUCGACAUGCCGAACGAUCACGGCCACGGUAUCCAGACGCAAUUAUCUCCUAGCCGGUUCAUACUAAUGUCUCACUUGGAAGGGUCUCUGCCAGGAACUCCGGCGAGUAAUGCUAGUAACCGCAGCAGUGGCGAUAGUUUUAGUAGCACUUCGAGUACUCGAUUCUUAUUGCCUCAUCAGAGCCACGAGACCCUUCCGGAGUGAGAAUGUUGCGGAUCAGUCUCGAAGUAAAAUAUCAGUAUCGACAUUGCUACGUUAUAUAGCAGGGAAAGAACCAUUCAAACUUUAUCUUUGAGGUAUAAAAUUUUUGAAUAUGCCACAUCUAAAUAAAAUAUAAAAAUUGAGAAAUUACAUAUACAGUUAUAAAUCUUGAGAUUCUGUAAAUACUAAUAUUUAUUUAAGUAAGACAUUCCAGUCUUUCGUAGAGAAAAGUUAAAAGUAUUUCACAUCAUUAAUGAUAUAAGACCUGAUUUAUUUUUUAAUUUUUUCUUAUGGUUUUGAUAACAAAAAUGUGUUUUAAUAAUAUAGCAAGAAUGUUAUAUUAAUUUAUUGAAAAAUUAAUAAUAGAAAAAAUUAUAUUAUUUUUUAA